AGGUCCAACCCCACAACAAGUCCUUAGAGACUCAACCUCACAUUUGCUAUACAUUUCUUGUCUUCAGUACUUGGAGAACACAUGAGGCUCAUUGUAUCCCAAUACAGAAGAGAAAAACCUAACUAAACUUGGAUCAGUGUAAAGGAGUAACCUGACCACCAUAUACUGUACCAGGGUGUGAAUAGCCUAUGUUUAGGUUGUUAGCAUUCAAUUAUGUACAAAUGUGUAAUAUUCUAUCUCUGACUAUAGUGCAACAUUAUUGUCCAUUUCUAAUGACACAAAUGCAUUUCCAUGGUAAAGCAAAUUACAUUUUUAAUCAAGAGUAUGAUUAAAAAAUUAUAUUAAUAUGAAAUUAAAUAAUUGUUGUAUUUUUGGGGGGUUAACAUACAGCACAACGUGGUCUGGCCUGCUAUAGUGUAGUUUACGUAAUUCAUUCUUCCCCCCGGCGAAACCCCCACAAACAGAGCCCUGACCAGUAAACUGCGCGGCUUCGCAAAAUUUUUCGGGACCAGUCGGGACUGUGGGAUUACCAAAACGGUCACAGUUCAUUGGACUUUUUCACCAUGCAUUCGUUUGCAUUUGAUCCAUCGAAAACCAGGACAGAGAUCAGGACAUAGAAGAGUGGGAAUACAUCGUAUCGUGGAUCAUUAUUUUAUCUUGGUGUAAUCGUUUCGUUAGAAUAAACUGCUGAUGUUUGUGGAAAGUAGGCUACAGAAUGCCCACCAGCGGCGAUGAGAGAAUUAAAGCCAGCGCGUUUAUUCCAGUGUCCACCGCUGCCGUACUCCUCGUUGGGUCCACCACUUUAUUCUUCGUAUUUACGUGCCCGUGGCUGGCAGUGACUGUGUCAACCUACGUACCACCAUGCAGUGCCAUCUUGUUCUUCCUUGUCUUGGCCAACUUCACCAUGGCAACCUUUAUGGAUGCAGGCGUUCUCCCCAUGGCUAAUGAGGACGAGGACAAGGACGAUGACCUCCGCGCUCCGCUCUACAAGAAUGUGGAUGUGAAGGGUGUCCAGGUCAGGCUGAAGUGGUGUGCCUCCUGCCACUUUUACAGACCUCCACGAUGCUCCCACUGCAGUGUCUGUGACCACUGUGUAGAGGACUUUGACCACCACUGUCCCUGGGUGAACAACUGUAUCGGGAGGCGGAACUACCGCUACUUCUUCCUGUUUCUGCUGUCACUCACGAUGCACAUGGUGGGCGUGUUCUCCGGUAGCCUACUCUACAUUCUACACCAUCAGGAAGACCUGUUGAAGCUGCACUGUACUGUCACCUUGGUGGUGAUGAGUGUAUCAGGCCUGUUCUUCAUUCCUGUCCUGGGCCUCACAGGGUUCCACCUCUAUCUGGUAUCUAGGGGCAGAACCACCAAUGAACAGGUUACUGGGAAGUUUCAAGGAGGGGUCAACCCUUUCACUCUAGGUUGCUGUGGCAACUUGGAGUAUCUCAUAUGUAGUCCCAUCUCUCCAAAGUAUACAGCGAGGCCCAUUAAGAAAUCAGCAGUUCGCAUCAUGCCUCCUUUCCUGAAACCAGAGACUGACAGACAGAUCCCAAUUAUUAGGGUCAGGGAUAACGGUGUCCAGCGUCAUGAUCUCCAAAGUAAACGCCUGUCUGCUGACGGUAUGGAUGAGCCAGAUAUUAAACGCCUGAACACCCCACCCCCACUGCACCCCAAACCAGACCCCAAACUGCUGAAGAGCCACCUAGCAGCCCUAGAGGUUCCAGAGAGUAGUCUUCAUCCCAAACCAUUGAGCCCUCCCCCUGGGCAGAUCCUGCAGCAGCUCAGGCCAGCACCGCAGUCCCCCACCAAGCCAACACCCCCCUUAUCUGUCCAACAGGUGGCACCAGAGCAACAGGGGGGCAGCAGUAGAGGUCAUUACUUGUCAUCAGAACCCAUCCUGGCCAGAGUGGACCAGCAGCUAGCCUUCCAGUCGGGUCCCAUGUCCUCUCCACACCAGCUCAACUCUCUCACCCUUAACUCCCACUUCCUCACCCAUAAACACGCCUAUAGACAUGGAAACAAGUUGCCGGCCUUGCACUCAGAGGGUCUGAUCUCCCAAAAGGUGUCUCCGGGCAGGUUCCCCCCUCACAACCCCCUGUCCAGCCGCAGCAGCUUCUCCUACAGCAACCUGGUGAACCCAGGUGACCCUAACUACCUGCCCCAGCGAGGGGGACCGCCACUUCACUACCACCCCCAAUUCUUGACCCUGGGCCUCGAUGGCAGUGUGCUGCAGGGGUCCCCUUCACAUUCCUACAGCCCCGUGUUCAUGGGGGUCAGCAGACAAUCUCCCCAGACAAGGGACACUUUACCCAGGGACCCCUCUCUACGGGACGUCACCCCUCAGGCCCUGAUGCACAGGGACCUCUCCCCACAGACCUUGAUCCAUCGGGAGGCCUCUCCGAUCCGCUACGAUAACCUCUCCAAGUCCAUCGUGGCCUCCAUUAAGGAGCGGCAGGAGAUGGAGGCGAAGGACAGGAUGCUGCGGAUGCAGGCCAGGUCCCAGGCCCUAUAUGGCUGCCCAGACAUGGGGGUCUACGACAUCCCCAGCAGACGCAGCCUCCCUGCAGACAGCAUGCGCCCCCCGGGUUCCCGCGCCCCCACCCCGCCCUCAUACGGCUCCAGGGAGUUCAUGAUGAGCACAGGUAUUUUGGGGUACGCAGGUACGAGGUCGCCCCUCUCCAGCGCCUCAUCAUCCUCUCUGACCCGAGCCCCCAGGACUUCCAGCUCCCCACUGCAGAGCAGUGGCCUACAGAGUAAGGGUCGUUCACCCUCCCCAUCUUACCUCCCCCCAGACAGGCAGGCCAAGCCCUCAUCCUCCUCCUCCACCCUUCCCCACACCCCCUCCUCUUCCUCUGCCCCAUGCGUCCCCCCAAAACGCCCCUCACUCAUAUGCGCCAUGGAGGGCAAGGACUCAGCACCCCUGGCUCUAUCCAAGUAGGAAACACUAAGUCUUCUUGAGGGUGUAUGCAGCCAGUCAGCCACACCACUCUGCAGUGUUAGCCUGUAUAUCCACAACUUCCCAGCACGGUGUAAGUGUGUCUGUGUGGGAGUCGAGAGGACAUCAAUAUGCAGUUAUGGGAAUAAUUUUGUACAGAUAUUUAUACUUGGUCCUCUUGCUAGACAAGGGUGUGUUUUGAAUAAAGACCGAGUGUUAAACCAACACCAUAUGCAGAUAUCUGAUUCUCAGGACAGUGGCCAAUUGGCAGACAGUUGUGCCUCCUCAUGUAGUCAAAGGAACCAAUAAGCUCAACUAGAACAGAGUUCAGAAUACUUAUCUUUGAUUGUUGAUAUACAGUACCAGUCAAAAGUUUGGACACACCUACUCAUUCAAGUGUUUUUCUUUAUUUUGACUAUU